AUGGACAGGAAGCAUUAUCUGGAUUGAGCAGAGACGUUCUCUUUCAUCAAUCCCUGGAUUCGAUAUUUUCUCUUCUUUUUCAGCUUCUUAUUUUGGGUUUUCUCCUUGUUUAUUGUUGCAAUUGGCGUAUAUGCUAAAGUCCAGAAAGCCACAGACACUGUGCGGGGCACGUUCCUGAUCGACCCAGCUGUCAUCCUAAUUGUAGUGGGGGUGGUCAUGUUCUUCGUCACUUUCUGUGGAUGUAUUGGAGCCCUCAGAGAAAACCUUCGCCUCCUCAAAACCUUCUCUUUGAGUCUAUCCCUGGUCUUCCUAACCCAGCUGGUCAUAGCAAUUCUGGGCUUCUUCUACUCAGACCAGGCUCGCGACACCUUGGGUAGGUUCGUGAAGAAAGGUAUUGUGCACUACAGGGAUGACCUGGAUCUGCAGAACAUGAUGGAUUACAUUCAGAAAGAGUUCCAGUGUUGUGGAUGGAACAACUACACGGACUGGUCAUGGAACUUGUACUUUAACUGCACCAAAGAAAACCCAAGCUCAGAACGCUGUGCUGUUCCAUCUUCUUGCUGCACUCCUGUUCUUGGAGAGGCAGUAAUCAACACUAUGUGUGGCUUUGGGGUUCAAACCUUGGACCAGCUGGAGGCAAACAAGUCAAUCUUCCCAGUAGGCUGUGCAGACAGAGCCGUGUUAUGGAUGGAGUCCCAUUUGUUCCUGGUGGGAGCUCUUGCACUGGGUUUGGCCUUGCCUCAGAUUGCAGGAAUUGUGCUGUCCCAGAUCCUCAUCUCUCAGAUCCAAGAAGAGAUUACCUCCGUGUCGUGA